CAAGCUUUGGCUCCUUCCGCGACCGACCGCGCCAUUCGCCACUCCCCUCCAGAAUCUUUCUCACCCGUAACCUCUGCGUAUAGUAGUCACCAGUAAUCAAAUACUUCGUGUAUUCUAUGAAACUAUAACCUUCUCGCUCGUGCCGUGAAUAACGCGGCAGUCGAUAUGACUUUGCCCAUUGCAAGCAGGCCCCAUUGUGAGCUCCCCUGUGCAACUAAUUCGUCCGAUACCGCAUCGUCUUGUAACGCGUAUCCCAAUGAAACUCGCACUAACGGAGCUGCCGUUGAUAUGACGACCGACAGCUUGGCUGACGGAACGUUAACUGACGGAGGACUACAGGCAGACGGACCGUUUGUGUUCACAGACGACAUGUACGACGGAGGCGUGGGAGCGCCAGGGUUACCCGGUUACAACGAAAUGGGGAAAUCUCCGUUAAGAGAAGGGGAGCUGACAUAUAGGGGGAUGAACAUCCUCGCGCCGAUGGUUAGAGUGAACACCCUUGCAUUCCGGCUGCUAGCUCUGGACUGUGGCGCGGACAUGGUGUACAGCGAGGAGGUGAUAGACCACCGCUUCAUACAGUGCAAGAGAGUGGUGAACACGGCGGUGAAUUCCGUGGACUUUGUAGAGCCAGGCACAGGCAUCGUGGUCUUCCGCACAUGUGCAGCGGAGCGAACCCGAGUGGCCUUUCAGAUGGGCACAGCUGACGCCGUCAGAGCACUCAAGGCCGCAGAGCUUGUCUGCAACGACGUGGCAGCCAUCGACAUCAACAUGGGGUGCCCCAAGCCCUUCUCCACCAGUGGUGGCAUGGGCUCCGCCCUGCUCUCCAGGCCGGAGACUGCAUGUGAUAUCCUCUCCACCCUGCGUCGCAACCUGCCUGCUUCGAUUGCAGUCACCUGCAAAAUCCGUCUGCUGGACUCACCCCACCGCACACUUGACUUCGCCAGGGCUGUUGAAAGCACGGGCAUUUCAGCUCUGGGCAUCCACACAAGGAAGGUUCCUCACCGCCCAAGCAUGAAGGCGCAGUGGGAGGCGCUCCCUGCAGUGGUGUCGUCGCUCUCCCUCCCCGUCAUUGCCAACGGUGACGUGUUUUGCCACAGUGACUUCGACUCCAUUCGAGCAGCCACAGGGGCGGCAUCAGCCAUGUCGGCACGGGCAGCUCUGUGGAACCCAACUGUGUUCCGACCAGAGGGGCAGCAGGACUGGCAUGUGGUCAAGCGGCUCUUUCUGAGGCAGUGCAUACAGUGGGACAAUGACUACAAGUGGUCCAAACAUGUGAUUCGGGAGAUGAUCAUCCACCACGCCAACUACGAGAUCGGGGAGGGCAGAGAUGUCAACCGCUGCCAAACUCUUGCACAGCUCAGCGACUACUACGGCCUCUCAGAGUUCUACCAGCAGACCCUGAGAGCGCGAGCAGAGAGGGCGCAGCAGGGAGCAGCAGAGCACUGAAUCAAGAGCAGUGAACCUGCCCCUCCCACGGUGAUUCUUUUAGUUCUCUCAACAGAUUUCAGGAGCAGGGGGCAUGUCAAGGGAGCCGUGAAGCGGCUCACUCAACGCAUCAGCAAGAGCAGUGAGGGGGUGGGGCAGGAGAGCAUGGGGCUAGAGGGGAGGACACGGUGUGACAGUAGAGGAGGUGCAGCUGGGGAACCAGCUGGGUAUGCACAAGUGCAAUUGCUUGCACCACCUUUGUGCACGAUGCUUGAUAAAGCCCUUUUUAGUCACGAGCUUUUGUAUCCUUAAGUUCUAAUUUGUUCAUUGGCACAGAACACUUGUAAUGAAAC